AUGGAUGAGAAUCCAUACCUCAACCGUCGGAAAUGGUGGAGAAUCGAGAGAGAACGUGAGCUGGAAAGUUCGUAUGAAAACCGGCCUGAAACUUGCAAUUUUCCAGUGGCUUGCGACGGUUCCCGGGGUGGAGAUCAGUCGGGGGUGGAAGAGGAGAGUGGCCCAGUUCGUUUGGGACCGGUGCCGUCGAUCGAAGUGGCCAGAGAUGGUGGUGGCGUGGGUGGUUCUGUUCGGGUGAACAGUAACAGGAAGGAGAAAAUCGAAGAGAGGGAGGAGUGCUCAGGGAGAGAGAAAGAGAAAGUGAGGUAA